AUGGCUGCCAAUGCUAGGCUUCACAUUGGACUACCGGGGGUACCCGAAGGACCGGAUCAGGACCUUGAUGAGAGUCCUGCGAAGAAAUCCAAGCAGGUGGCGGCCGAGGGGAUGGGAGGCGCCCUGACCAUGAGCUCCUUCAAGGACAUGCUUUCCUGCGCACUGCGUGAGCAAUCCGAUGCCCUCCUGCAAGCGCAGCAGAUGCAGAUAACUACCUCCCUGAGGGCCUUUGAGGAGAGGCAGACACACAGGAUGGAGCGGAUUGAAGAGCAUGCCCAGACCCAGGCAUCGAAGGUGGACGGGCUGGAGUCGCAGUUGAGGGAGAUGAAUGAAAGGCUUGCUAAGGUGGAAGCGCGGCCUGCUGCCGGGGGCGGCGGAAAUGCGGGUGGGCCGGACAGGAGGUCCACCCUCGUAUUUGGCGGCUGGGCGCAGAACACGAGGAGGCAUGUCCUUUUGGAGCAGCUUCGGCAGGGGCUUCAAGGGCUACAAGUCUGGAGUCUUCUUGAUACUGAACCCUUCUGCACAGGGGCACGGAGGUCUGUUGCCCUCUGCUCCUUCCGGCGCCGUUCUGGUGAAGCAGAAGAUCAACCGAGGGCGAGAAUGAUGCAAGUGCUCCAGACCGUGAACACUGCUCGGGUUACCAUCGAAGGGGCGGUGAAGCCGCUGUGGUGCAGUUUCAGUAAGAGUCCUGAAGAGCGGGGCAGAGCUGCCUUGGCUUCGGUUGUUCGCAAGGUUGUGCUCCGAUUCGCCCCUGAAAGGGUCGACGACUUGGACAUCGAAUACACGACUGGACGAACUUGGAUUCGGGAGGACCAGUUAACAGGUAUGGGCGAGCCGGGGCCAGAGGUGAAGUACUCCAAGGAGGUCACCACACGAGCCGGUCGAGGGUGGAUUGACGAAGGCACCCUGGCGAGAUGGAUGGAGGUGGAUCUCCCUUCGGUGCAACAGGAGGGUGAAUCACUGCUGGCUUCGGGUCUGACCGCAGGAUCUGCGAUGAUCUCGCCAAAUGUGUAUAGUGGCAGCAGGUUCUCGCUGUGGGGCUGGAAUGUCGGUGGGGCUGAUAUGGCGUCGCUGCCAAAGGCGGUGCGCGAUUCAGCGGCUCGAUCCCUCGAAAAAGAUGACCUUGUGGUGUUGCAAGAGGUGCCUCGAGAGAAGCAGGGGUGGACACAUCAGGAGCUAGCGGGGCGAAAGGUGGUGACUCAUCGAGCAGAAGGGCAAUGGCGAGGAACAGGGCUGUGGUAUGAUCCUGGGGCUUGGUGUGUCUUGCGCAAACUUCGGUCUGAAAGGGGCACCUGGUUCAAGGUUCGACACUUGGAGCGGCCUUUGGAGUUAUGGAUAGGGACCGCCCACUUCUCUCCUGGGGUAACGGUGGCUGUCUAUGAGGAUGAGGUCCAUGAGCACUUCCGGCAUCUCCCGCAGAAUGCGCACAGAGUGGCCUUCCAGGGUGAUGUGAACAGUGCAUUUGGGUGGGCUCGAUCUGGGGAAGGGAUCACUGAGGUGGCUAAGGAAGGCAAGAGCAACAUUCUUCACAAAGUUCUCGUUGAGCGUGGCCUCUCCAUGGUUCCCCCGUCUCAGUCCCAGCUUCAGACUCCCACCAGUCGUCCACGCCAAGAAGGUCGGCAGGGACAGUGCAUCGAUAUCAUGGCAGUCAAGCACAUGAGGGUUCAUGCAUGGAACAUUCACGAAGAGUCUUUCAUGACCAUUGGCACGGACCACGAGUUGACUGAGGGCAGCUUUGUGGUGGACGGCCGGAGAGAGUUUCCGAGAGUUGAGACCAAGCCGAGAGUGUGGACAGGUGGCGUGUCGAUUAUUGAGAGCAUGGACCAGGGGGUAGUGGAAGAUCUCGCCCGUCGAUGUACACGUCCAGUCCGGGGGCAAGGAUAUAGGGACCCAGACAAUGUUCGCAAGGCUUUCAAGGCGGCCAAGGCCUCGGGAUCUUCGGCACAGUGGAAAUCCGCCCUUAAGCUCAGACGUGAGGCGCGGCAACAGUGGGAACUCCAGCGGCUGGAACGGGCUAGUCAAGGGGAGUGGCACUGCUUCAGGGCCCUCAAACCGCGACGACAUCAGGGUUGGGACAUAGGGUUCGCGGAGGCGCAGGUCGGGGACCCUCACCGCGUAGUCCAUGAGCAUCUGGCGGGGGUUUACAAGGGUCGAGGUGUUCGUGAGGCAGAUGUUUGGCGUGGUGACGUAAGGGCUUUCACGAUGGAAGAGUUGCGCCUAGGGGUCAGUCAGAUGAAGCGUGGGAAAGCCGUGGGUUCUGAUCUGACAUCCACAGAGCUCCUCCUGGGGAUUAUGGAGGUGAAAGGCGGGCCCGACCAUCUUCUCGAAUGGUACAACAGGAUACUGGUCACAGGUCAAAUCCCUGCGAAGUGGAACGAGCCCAUUAUGAUCCUCCUCCCUAAGGUUCACCUGCCCACCAAGGCGAAAGAGCUCAGGCCAAUCGCUAUGGGAUCAUCAGUGUCCAAGCUCUUCAGCAGGCUCCUGUUGAAUCGGGCUAUUCAACGGCUUAGACCUCAGACAUAUGCCCAAUGUGCUGGGCCGGGCCGUCAAACGUCUGAUUUCCUGUACACCAUCAUCAGGCUUUUUGAACUCACCAGGGAAUGGGGCAACACUUUGGUGGUUUUUAAGCUCGAUCUGGAAAAAGCUUUUGACAGUUUGGAUCGGGAGAUGCUGUUGAGCAGGCUGGAACAGCAGCUUGGCCCCUGCGCGGAACUCACCUGUUGGCGCAACCUCCUUCGGGAAACGACCGGACGCCUCCAGACCCCAUGGGGGAGUUCUAGGGUUCCGAUGGAGAGAGGGAUAAAACAGGGGGCUGUUGAGUCGCCAGUGAUCUUCGCGUACAUUGCCGAGCUCGUCCUCUCUGAAACCAUGUCUAAGUACACCUGGCGUGGCAUGCCUCCCUUGUUUAGUGAUCUUCCGCCUGAAGAAAUGCUCUUCAUGGAUGACGGCUUGCUGUGGAAUGGCUCGGUAGAGGUCGUCCAGACAAGGACUCAGCAACUCUCUGUGGAGUUCGCACGGUAUGGUCUUCGCAUGAACCCAGGGAAGUGCCAGCUGUAUGUCUCCCCCAACGUGCUAGGUGAUCGGCAUAUACUCCUGAACGGAUCGAAGAUUGAGGGUGCCUCCCAGCUUGAGGUGAUGGGGAUUGUCCUGAGGGUUGGUAUGUCUAUGUACGAGCUGGUCAGCCCGGCCGCCACGCGUGCCAGGUCGAAGUUCUGGGAGCUCAAGCAUAUCCUGCGGGCUAAGGGGUACAUGAAGAACCGUGCAAGGGUCAUGCAGAGGGUGGUCGGGGCGACGGCACUUUGGUUCAUCUGUUGUGUCCCACCAGAUAAGGCCACCAUGACGGCACUCAACUCCACACAGCUUCAGCUCAUGGUAUGGCUGCUUCGAUUUGCCAAGGCACCCACUGAAUCCUGGGAAGACUUCCGCAAGCGCGCCUUCAGGGGGGCCAGGGCAGCCUUAAACUCGGCAGGGCUUGAGAGGUGGUCCACGCUGUGGCUGCGGAGAUACUGGCAGUAUGCCGGUCAUCGGGUGCGGACGGUCUUUGCUGAUCACCCGCCGAUCAGCUGUGAGUUCGAACAUUUUCGUACCCUCCCAUGGUGGAAUCAUCAAAAGUCUCUUCCGCAGGGCAAAGGCAUCAAGCACCGGGGGCACCACUACGCUCGCCUCACUCAGCUGGAGCGAAGCCUUGACCAUGUGGCUGGUCACCCUUGGCGGGCUCUGGCUCAUGAUCGGAGGGCAUGGAAGAGUCGAGAGAACGCAUGGGUGGAGUACAUGGACGACACCAAGCCCAAGUACGCCCCGGGGCGAGUCUUCGACUGCUGCUUCGGCACACGACACGUCGAUCAGGGACAAUGUGAUGCAGGUGUGCGGGUGCAGAACUCCGUGGUAUCCUCGAAUGGCACGACCAGGGAGAAUGACGACUUCGUCUCCGACUGCGCCUGGUUUCGCUCGGUGACGGGGCAACUGGACCGCCUUCGACAGCUAGGCCGAGGCAGGGAGCCGAUGUGGCUGGCGGUUCUGGCGCGCAUACGGCACAGGCAGGACCCGGCCUAUAAGCAAUGGUGCGGUCGGCACCUCCGGCCUCUUCGUGCAGAAUUCGGGCCCUUUCUCAACUCCCACCAGCACACGCGGGCACUUUCUCCUGAUGAAGUGGAUUGGGCCCGAAGGGUGGAACACGCCGCAGCUCAGGACUUCUAUGGCCACCGCAGCCCAGUGCAGGUUGUUGCAUCUGUGCCUCAGGACACUGUGAUCCUUGCAAACCAUGCCUCUGCACCGAGUCCCGACCUCCCCUACGGCCUCUUUCAUGCUCAGUGGGUCAAUCCGACCACUGGCGAAUGGGGUGUGGGCACUCCUCCGCCAGGACCGCCAGCGGCCGAACUGGAAGAAGAAGACCUCGAGGAAACUUCAGACCAGGCAUCCCUUAUGUCCUUGUGGAGUAUGGCCCGGCUGGUCUACGGGGCCGUGGCCUUUGAUCGAGCUUGGGAAGACGGACACGAGCCAGGGUGGUUUGACAAUGAAGUCGAACAACUAGAGAUGCUAGCGGACAAGGGCGUACCGAUGACUACCAUCACCCGCGAGUUCCGUCAGGCGGUUGAAUCCGUGCAGGAUGACCGCUUUCAUCGGGAGAAUGCCUUGGUUCUUGACGAGGUCUACCGAAGGCUUGCUGGUUACCCGCCACAAGAAGAAGGACGUGAGUACGGGGCUACUGUGAGACGGCCAACGCAGGAGCAGGUGACUAGGAUGGUUCACGAGGUGCUGCAGGUCUUCAAAAAUCAAUGGUACCUCCGUCUGUGUCCGAUUGCCCAGGAACACCAUGUCCAGGAGCAGCACCUCCGGGCCAUGGGACUCCUGGACGGGGUUGUCUUUGAAGAUGAGUACUUUAACAGGGAAGCUGUGGAGAGGGCAAGGCUGUCGCGAUCAAGAUCCCCGCACCGUCGGUCUAUCGCUAUGGCCAGGGCACGGACACACCCUGCCAAUGGUGCUGACUACCUCCAACCUGAGGAUUCCACGGGUCAGAGUGACGAUGUCUCCCUCUUCCAGAUCCCACCGGGCUGGCAACAAAGAUGGGCUGACUUGAUGCGGCAACUCGAGGACUGGUUCAUGGAGGGCAGGGAAGUUGGCAUAGCGGUUCGAAUGCUUCGUCAAAGGGUGCAGGACAGUGGGGACCAGGACUAUAUCCAGUGGGCUGAGGAGCCUCUGCUCUCGGUGGGCUGGGGCAAUCCGAAUGCCCAGGGGCUGGACGCCCAUGACUCCCCCACUGACUUCUUCGAAUGGUCCAAUGCAGUGGAGGAAUAUAUGCAGGUUCUCUACCGCCGCGACGCUACGGAGGAGGACCUCUACCGAAGGGAUGAAACAGGGACGGAAGUAAGGGGACAAGCUGCGCCGGACCGGUCCGAGAGGGAGGCCCCACAACCAGAUUCUGUAAGUCUGAUGGCUGAUCGGUAUCAGUUCGGCCGCCGCCGGAUCCGCGACUCUCGCACUCCUCGGCGGGCUACUCGACAGCAUGAGAGGUCCCGGGCAGACGGCGGACGUGGAGGCCGCGGAGGGAGAGAUGGAAACGGACGGCCUCGUGAAGGACGAGCUGGAGGCCCGAGCAAACGCUGUACCUUGUCGGAGCGCCCACCGAUGGCCAGGCCGUCGACGGGCAGUAGAGGGUCUGGCGAUGGCAUUGGGGAGCCAACGGUGCCGUCGGGUGCCGCUAGCUCUCGUGAUGCGGUGCAGGUAUCUCCGCUUGCGCCUGACCUUCAACAACCUAUGACGUCAGACCAGGCAGUGUACUUAUGGAGGCACCUCCUCUUUGACAAGGAUAACUGUGGCCCGCCACUAACCGGCAAUGCCAGGGUUCCUGACAACUUCCUUCCACGCCGCAUGCUACAGGAGAUAAGCACACACCACGAAGCCAUGUCUCAGCACAACCGGGCGAUCUCCACUCUGGCCCUCAUCACGGUGAUACGAUACCUUAUGGCAGAGGUGUCGCGCACUCUGGACGUCGCCGACGCUUUGGCCAGAUCGCAGCAGGGUGACAUGGUGGAGGUCGAAGUGGAUGGUGAAGAGGCUGACACUUCGCUACUCAUGCAGAAGUUUGCCUUAACAGGUGGACGGGACACCAAGGAGAGCCGUGGAACUAGAGCUCUUCUACGACUUCACAAGGAGCUCCUUGGGCAAACCCGAGCCGCUCAGCUCGCCCAUGUGCGUCGGCUACAACUCGGGCUUCCGUCCCCGUCGGCGACGGUGGCAGUUGACCCGUGGAGGGAACAGCUGGAAGCCUUGCUUGUGGCUUUAGGACCAAGUGAAGGCGAGGCCGUGGACAUGGGGCAUGCGGAUGAAGUGUGGUUUGGGAACUGGGUCAACGAGAUCACGGCCUUUGUCCCGAACUUCCAGGAGUUUACUGAACCGAUACACGUGGAGACACAAACCACGGCGGCCGCAUCCGGUGACUUCGACAGGGAGUUGGAGAUGCUUCUUGAGGACGAGGAGAGCGAACGGAACUGGCGAGCACAGAGAGCGGCUGAGGAAGCACACGAGCAAGAACGGCAGCGAGAGUUCGAAGCCAGCUGUGCCAGGGAGCUAGUGGAACUCAGAGCAGAUGCUAAAGCCUUUCGAGACUGGGAGCAGGAACAGAUGAACGCAGCUCUGGCUCGACCUGGCCCCUCGAAACGCAGGUGUGUCAUGACGAUUGAAGCGUCAUCGGGCUCUUCGGACAAGCCGAGAAUGCUGCACACCUUUGAAGUGGAUGUCCCUAUGAACGGCUCAGCGGUGCAGUUGUCCAUCCGGGCAACCAUGGAACCAGACCCGGAGGAUGUGACUACGCAAGCAGCAUCGCCGGCUCCGAUUGGGGACAAGUCCAUCACGGAUGCGGACCAGGGACCACGGGCACAUGAACAUGGCGGUGGACCUCCCACAGGGAUUCCCGACGACCUCUCCUUCAGGGACUACCAAGGGAUCUACGAGAAAUGGAGGGCGGGUACGCUCACCAUGGACAUGAUCACGGCACAGUAUGGGCACGAUGUGGCAGAGCUUCUGCAGACACAGCAGGCUUUGGUGGUGUCCGACAGCAUGCCGGAAGGUGGUCAACCAUCGCAAGGUGUGAACUCCCUGGGCCUGCCGGCCGAAGCAAUGGACAGUGGAGAGGAUUUGGGACCACCCACUUCGCCCCUAAUGGCGGCGGGGGCAGACAAACCCAGGUUCUGUAUCUUUGAAUCUGUUUAUGGACAAUGGAAGCAGGGCCUCAGAAGCAGUCAGGACAUCAGGCGCACCUUCGGUGAGACUUGGCUGAUCCUCUUCGCACAGUGGAAGCUAUGGGGGCUCCAGGCUAUCGAAGAUCGGCUCGGGGCUAUCUUGGAUAUGGAAGUGGAUCCCCGCGAAGAUGUUCCCAGACCGGUGAAUGCCGAGUACGAUGAGGGGGUACACCGAUGUAGCCUCAAGAUACCGUUCAGGGUGAUCCGGCAUGUAUAUCUACGGUGGCAUGAGGGACUACUCGCGGACAGUACAAUCCAUGAGAUCUACGGCGACUUGUGGAUGGGGCUUUUCCGGCGCAUCCGCAGUGAGGGGCUCAGCGCAUGUCGGGAAGUGUUAUCGGAAUACGUCGUCUGGGAGCCCGAUGAUCUCCUUGAAGUUAUGAUGAUGAAGGAUGACGAAAACCUUGAAUCAGGGACGGGGCAAACAUCCACGGCUGACAUGGACACGGAGCUUCCUGCAGAACCUGCACUACCACCUCAAAGUUCAGCUACGGAGGGGCCGCAGGGUGUGACUAGGGAAGGGUGCACUCAACUGGAUGGUGAAACGGUGGAGUCGAUGGGAGAAUGA